CAUCGGACCGAAGCACAAGCUCGCUACUGUCAAGCAAAACUGAGCGAGUUCCCUCUCUCUAAGUGGUUGAUAUAGUUUUUGAUUUUGAGCAAACAUGGUGAAGCUAGCAUUUGGGAGCUUUGGGGACUCCUUCAGCGUAGGGUCCCUGAGAUGUUAUCUCGCCGAGUUCAUCGCGACCCUCCUCUUCGUGUUCGCCGGCGUCGGGUCGGCAAUUGCUUAUGGCAAGCUCACGUCGGAUGCGGCCCUGGACCCGGCUGGACUAGUCGCAGUGGCCGUGGCCCAUGCGUUUGCACUGUUUGUGGGGGUAUCCAUCGCGGCGAACAUCUCCGGUGGCCAUCUGAAUCCGGCCGUCACGUUCGGAUUGGCCGUCGGGGGCAACAUCACCAUCUUGACCGGCAUCUUCUACUGGAUCGCCCAGUGCCUCGGUUCUAUCGUUGCCUGCCUCCUCCUGAAAUUCGUCACUAGCGCCGAGAGCAUACCAACCCAUGCUGUUGCUGCUAGCAUGAGUUCAAUAGCAGGCCUAGUUAUGGAGGUUGUCAUCACUUUCGCACUGGUCUACACCGUGUACGCCACAGCGGCCGACCCCAAGAAGGGCUCGCUAGGGAUCAUUGCACCCAUCGCCAUCGGCUUCAUCGUCGGCGCCAACAUCCUGGCCGCUGGCCCGUUUAGCGGCGGAUCCAUGAACCCCGCCCGCUCUUUCGGGCCUGCCGUGGUCAGCGGCGACUUCUCGGAGAAUUGGAUCUACUGGGUCGGCCCACUUGUCGGGGGAGGGCUUGCCGGGCUUGUGUAUGGUGACAUCUUCAUUGGGUCCUAUGCCCUAGUACCCCCUUCUGAGGACUAUGCUUGAGAGAGACAAAACUCUUGUGCUUUGUGUUUAAGUUUCAGUAAUUGGGUUUCCUGUUGUUCGUGACGGCGUGUUUUGCUUGUUGCUCCUGUGGGCUUGCUCUUGUUAAUAAACCUCAAAUGUACAGCAAAAUCACUUCAGAUUAAACGCCAGGGAGAGAUAUUGAAGUGAUUCUACACUACCGUUGCUUCUCACAUUGAAUUACCCGCUUCAUACUACACAAAUUUUAGAUGCGAGACUUCUCUAAUAUCAUUCACACAUGAGCCUGAGUAAUUCUCAAGCC